CGAAGCAGGACCUCCGGGGUGAAAGCGGAGUGAGAAACGGGACUGUCUUCUCUCCUCUGGCUUUUUUUUUCUAUCAGCAUAUGUUUUUGGCAGCAGUUUAAAGAUAAGCCGUGACAUUCUUCUCGUCUGGACCAAAUAAACUCAGGGCUUACAAAAACAAAAAUGGAGAUAGAGCGGGAAGUAAAGAAGAUGACCCUAGGGCACGACUUUGGUGCUGGAGCAGCCUGUCUAAAAUGCAAGGACAAAUGCGAAGGCUUCGAGCUGCAUUUUUGGAGAAAAAUCUGCCGAAACUGCAAAUGUGGCCUGGCCGAACACGAUGUCCAGAUGAACUCAGAGGAAAACAAGAAAGUGGGCAAGCUGUUUGAGGAUACCAAGUACACAGGCCUCAUCGCCAAGCUGAAGACAGAUGGCAUUCCCACCUACAGGGGCAACAUGGUCACCAUCUCCCUACCCACCCCCGGCACUGCCUGCAUUGUACCGCCCAGUGCCUCCUCCACUGUUGUACCACCAGCUGCCACAGCUGGUUCUGUACAACCCAGUGUCACUGCAGGUAAAGUGCCCAUCAGUACCCAGGCCAAGGCCAUGACACCCAGCAUCACCCCAGUCAAGGCUAAUGCCGUGCCGGUCACUGUCAGCUCAGCAUCAGCUGACGUGGUACCAGUCAAGAAAGAUGUGCCGAUGAAGUCUGUCACCUACGAGUGGGCACCACCAGUACCCAAUCAGUAUUUGGCGGUGCGCUACAUUGAGCUGCUCCCACCAGAGAAGCGUCCAGUGGUUGGUACAGAGGGAGCUGCCUAUCGUCGGCAGCAAAUGGCCCGCCAGCUGCCUGAGCAUGACCAAGACCCAUCUAAGUGCCAUGAGCUAAGCCCGGCCGAGGUUAAAAAAAUGGAGCAAUUUGUCCGGAAGUACAAGGAUGAGGCCCUGGGAAUUGGAGAUAUCAGGCUGCCUGAAGAGAUAGCUCUAGCACAGGCAGGAGGGCAAGGAGGAGCUAGGGCUGGUGGUCCGGGAGCUAAGGCUGGAGAGGUUGGGUCUGGGGUAGGAGUUGGUGUUGGGGCUGGAAUGGCUGGAAGUGGUGUUGCUGUGCACAGACCUGGGUCUGCUGGGGUUGAAGCUGGAACCGGGACUGGGAGUAGAUCUGGGCUUGGAGGUGUAGAAGCUGGUGUUGGCAUUGGGGCCAUGCCUGGGUAUGGGCCAGGAGCUGCGGGCCCUGGUGUUGUGCCCACAGCCGAGGCUGGAGUGAGUGUUGGCUAUGGUCCUGGAGCUGGGGAUAGCAGAGCUGGAGCAGGAGCUGGUGGUGUCGGACCAGGUUCAAGGCUUGGGACUGGACCAUCAGCUGGUUUUGUGCCAGGGGCUGGACAAGGAGACAUAGGUACUGCCGCCACUGCUGGAGCCAUGGGCAUCCCUGGAGCUCAGCAAGCUGGACUACCACUACAGAGCUUCUCGUGCCAUCACUGCCAGCAACCCAUGCGCCAGGGCGAGCCGGCGGUGUACGCUGAGCGGGCCGGCUACGACAAGCUUUGGCACCCAGCCUGCUUUGUGUGCUGUACCUGCUCUGAACUCCUGGUGGACAUGAUCUACUUCUGGAAGAAAGGCAAGAUGUACUGUGGCCGCCACUACGGUGACAGCGAGAAGCCACGCUGUGGAGGCUGCGAUGAGCUGAUCUUCAGUAACGAGUACACGCAGGCUGAAGGCCAGAACUGGCAUCUGAAGCACUUCUGCUGUUUUGACUGUGACUGCGUCCUGGCCGGGGAAACCUACGUCAUGGAGAAGGACAAGCCUGUCUGCAAGCCCUGCUACAUGAAGAACUACGCUGUGAAAUGCGCGACCUGUCAGAACCCGGUGGAGCCCGAGGCACAGAGGGUUUCCUACGGGGAGCACCACUGGCAUGCCGAGCCCCAGUGCUUCCAGUGCUCCGGCUGCUCCAAGUGCCUCAUUGGCCAGCGCUUCAUGGCCCAGCAGAACUUCCUCUUCUGCUCUGUAGAAUGUAAGAAGAAAAUCAUGGCUUAAAGGUCCAAAGAAAAAAACCCUCUCCAUCUUUUCCACAACAAAGAGCAAAACCAAGAUGGUUCAGCCAAGACUGGAACCCGCCUGUGAAAAACAACACUGGUGUAACUAACUGGGACAGAGGGGAGACAUACGAUAGGAAAAAAAAAAAAAAAAAAAAAAAAAGAAUGGAGUGAGCCAUACUUGUGAUGGUGACAAAACAGAA